AUGAUGAAGGAUCGGAUUAGUGAUUUACCAGACUUUCUUAUCCAUGAAAUCCUUUCUCAUUUAGAGAUGAAGGACGUAGUAAAAACCAGCGUACUUUCUGCUAGUUGGAAGCACGUUUGGACGCAAACGCCAGUUCUCAACUUCAAGCAUGACCACGACAUAGGAUUUGUUAAUAGAUAUAGAUCAGUUGAGGAUUUCUUCCGCUUCGUCUGCUGUUCGCUUGCUCUCCACAAAUGCCCAAAGAUCCACAGAAUCCAGCUCUCCUUCGACUAUUCUACAUACCAAGAUUACUAUGACAAAGAAAUUGAUGGGUUGAUCCACUUUGCGAUUGCGCGAAAAGCCAGUGAGCUCAAACUAGAUAAGUUACCCGGCCUCUACGUUCUAAACCUCUCUCUACUUGAGAUGGGGUCACUAGAGGUUUUAAAGCUUCACCGUUGCACAAUCGAACUCCCUACUCCAACUUUCAAAGGCUUCAGAAACCUUAAGAUGUUGCCCCUCUCAAAUGUGUAUUUUAAUGGUGGCGAUGUGGAAGAGCUCUUGGCUUGCUCUCCAAUACUUGAAUCUUUGACAGUCAUAGAAUAUGGUAAUGAUAUCAGAAUUCCUGCUUCUUUGAAUGGGCAGCUUAAGCACUUAUCUUUGAAAGGAGAAUAUGAGUUGGAUAUUUGUGCCUCAAACCUUUUAUCAUUGGACAUCUCUAUGGUAAUCGACAAUUUUAAAUAUUCGCCGGAAAGUGCAUCUUCACUAACUGAUGUGUCCCUUGAUUUUCAAUUUUUUCAUAAACAAAAUUGCUUUAUCACAAGAAGUGAGGAUAGAAUGAUGCAGGAGAUUCUGAAAGAUGUCCAUCGUGCUAGAGUUCUUAAACUACAUGGUUGUUGCAUUCAGGUAUCACCUCCUAUCUCUAUGCAUAAGUGUUUGGUGAUAGAGUCAGCAUUGAAAAUGUGGGAACUUCCUGGUAUAGCUUCUUUGUUGAAGAGUUCACCUGAUCUUCAGAGCCUUGUAAUUAAGGAAAUUCAUGGAUACCUAUAUUUGGAUCAGACAUUAAUGUACAGACAUGAGUCUGUUAAAAAAGGAUAUUUGGAAUCACGAUUCUCUUGUCUUCUACAUCGCCUCAAGACUAUCAAGAUAUCUGGCCUCACUAAGGGGAUGUUUGUUCUCAAGAAUAUCAAAGGCAAAAUACAACUUGUGAAAGUCUUGUUAAAGCAUGCUGUGGUCCUAGAGAAAAUGACUAUCCACAUCACUCAUAAAUCAGAUUCUUGUGAUGAGGAUAAGGUAAACUUGUCAAGAUCACUCUCAAAGUUGGGGAGAAAAGUUCAAGCUUUUGACAAAGCCUCUACUCGCGCAGAAGUAUUGUUCUUGUAUGAUUUCGAUCAAUGA